ACUGUGUGCCCUCUUGUCUCCUUAUAAAGACAUUAGUCAUUGGACUUAGGGCCCACUCUAAUCCACUGUGACUCCAUCUUAACCCAUUACAUCUGCAAAGACCGCAUUUCCAACCAAAGUCACCUUCUGAGUUCUAGGUGGAUCUGGACUUGGGGGGGAAGCCAUUCAACCCACUGCAGUGCCCCUCUGGGCUUUCUUCGGGUUUCUCAUCUAUAAAAUGAUCUUUAGAGCUCUUUUUAGUCACAGCAUUCAAUAGUGCCAUGAAGAUUAUUCAGAAAAGAUAAAAACCUGAAAGCAAAGCUUUAUUUACAAGAAAAAAGCUGGUGGCUCUGCUUGUUUCUGCUCUAGGUCCAGUGGCUAUUGGGACAGCUGCUCCAUGCAUCCUAGCUCCCCUUUACUUACUGCAGUCUUUACUUUGGAUACAAGUUUAAGACUGUUGGCUGUGAUGAGAAGGAAACUUAAAAGUUUGAGGACUUAGUAACAGAGUUGUAUUUGAUGAUAUGGCUCAGGUGAAGUAGAAAUGGAGAGCUCUGGAGCUGCGAGCAGGUAUUCGGGGCCCAGCUUUUGGAAUGCCUUCCAUGUGAAGGAGUUACAGAGGAUGGGAUGGAAAGGAGGGCUGUGAAACAAGAAGUGAGUCAUAGCCAUUCAAACAUUUACUUGUUCAUUUUACCAACACAAAGCUGCCUUAACAAACAAGUACACGUGUUUUCUGGGUGUUUCUUCCUGCCAACUCCUAAACUUGCAUGAGGGAUGAGGAAACCCACCAGUUCCUCAAACUGAAGCCAGUACAGGCUACUCUGUCGUCUUUGAAGAUGUUAGAUGUGGGAAAGUGGCCAAUUUUUUCCCUUUGUUCUGAGGAAGAACUGCAGUUAAUUCGUCAGGCUUGUGUCUUUGGCAGUGCUGGCAAUGAAGUUUUAUACACUACAGUAAAUGAUGAGAUUUUUGUGCUUGGCACAAACUGCUGUGGCUGUUUGGGGUUAGGUGACGUCCAGAGCACCAUUGAACCUCGGAGACUGGAUUCUUUAAGUGGCAAAAAAAUAGCCUGCCUCAGCUAUGGGAGUGGUCCACAUAUUGUCCUUGCAACAACAGAAGGAGAAGUCUUUACCUGGGGCCACAAUGCUUAUAGCCAGCUGGGCAAUGGGACAACUAAUCAUGGUUUAGUGCCCUGUCAUAUCUCUACUAACUUGUCAAACAAACAAGUCACUGAAGUGGCCUGUGGGUCUUACCAUUCUUUGGUGCUAACAUCUGACGGAGAGGUAUUUGCCUGGGGUUAUAAUAACUCUGGGCAGGUAGGAUCUGGAUCAACAGUUAAUCAGCCAAUCCCUCGAAGAGUCACUGGCUGCUUACAGAAUAAAGUAGUUGUGACCAUAGCAUGUGGGCAGAUGUGCUGCAUGGCGGUAGUGGACAGUGGGGAGGUCUACGUCUGGGGUUACAAUGGAAACGGGCAGCUCGGACUUGGCAACAGUGGCAACCAGCCAACCCCUUGCAGAGUGGCAGCUUUGCAAGGCAUCCGUGUCCAGCGGGUCGCCUGUGGCUAUGCACACACAUUAGUAUUAACAGAUGAAGGCCAAGUGUAUGCUUGGGGUGCCAAUUCUUAUGGGCAGUUGGGCACUGGCAAUAAAAGCAACCAGUCCUAUCCUACUCCUGUCACUGUGGAAAAGGACAGGAUUAUCGAGAUUGCAGCCUGUCACUCCACCCAUACGUCUGCGGCCAAGACGCAGGGUGGGCACGUGUACAUGUGGGGCCAGUGCCGGGGCCAGUCCGUGAUCCUCCCGCACCUCACCCACUUCUCCUGCACCGACGACGUGUUUGCCUGCUUUGCCACUCCCGCCGUCACGUGGCGCCUCCUCUCCGUGGAACCUGAUGACCACCUCACAGUGGCUGAGUCGCUGAAGAGGGAAUUUGACAACCCCGACACUGCAGACCUGAAGUUUCUGGUGGAUGGAAAGUACAUUUAUGCACAUAAAGUCCUUCUCAAGAUUCGAUGUGAGCAUUUUCGUUCGUCGUUGGAAGAUAACGAGGAUGAUAUUGUAGAAAUGAGUGAAUUUUCAUAUCCUGUUUACCGGGCCUUCCUGGAAUACCUGUACACAGACAGCAUCAGCCUUUCUCCUGAGGAGGCAGUAGGACUGCUAGACUUGGCGACAUUUUAUAGAGAAAAUCGUUUGAAAAAGCUCUGCCAACAAACUAUCAAGCAAGGCAUCUGCGAGGAGAACGCCAUCGCUCUGCUCUCGGCUGCGGUGAAGUAUGAUGCCCAGGAUUUGGAAGAAUUCUGCUUCAGGUUUUGCAUAAACCACCUGACUGUAGUAACACAAACUUCGGGUUUUGCGGAAAUGGACCAUGAUCUCCUGAAGAACUUUAUCAGCAAAGCAAGCAGAGUUGGAGCCUUUAAAAAUUGAUCCCAUCUGCAGGAAAGGAGUUUUUGAGCCUUUCCAUUUCCCCUGCAAAAGCCAGAGAUGAAUCACUUCUCUUUAAUUAAUAGUAUGUAUCAUGAGCUACAUUUGGCUGAGUACUUGUAUCUGUCAAAAGAAGGAUGUUGAUGAGUGGUCUUCAUCUGCCUAAAUCCAGAGUUUAUGUAGAAAGCAUUGAAUGUUCUGAUCAGAUGUGACCAAGUUCAAGGAACAAAAAAAUUGAAAUAAUCUUAUUUACCAAUUCCUCUUUUGAGUCACUUACGUUGGACACCUUUGGUACCCUGGUCUCAA